UAUGUCAACAUAUAGGGGAACAUUUGAACAUGAUUCAUUUUUUGGAUGGCUGAAUCUAUUAAAGAUUAGAAGAUUAUAGGUACUCUAUAAUGUUGGUGAAAGACCACCUUAUCCAGUAAUCAUUAGUAAGCCUACAGUUGGAGAUGUAAAUUUAUAUCAUAUAUUGGAAAAGGUAUUGAGAAAUUUGAACAAAGCAGAUUUUGGUCUAUUUGCAACAGUGGCAUUUUUAGGAUUCUUUGCUGCAAGAAGAGCCACUUUAGGAUUAACAUCUACUGAAUAUAUUAGAUAGAGAGGAUUCUCAAUUGCUUGGAAUUCAAUUAUGAUGGCAGGAGCAUUAUUUGCUUGCAUGAAUAGUAACAAUAGACUUACUGUACAUUCCUAUUAAUGAUUUAGGGAUUUGUGGACAAUGGAUUACAAUGGAGAAGAAAGGAACAAAGAUUAACCAAAUACGAUUUCACAUCUGAAUUCGAAGAAGGUACUAUUUGGAAAUUCUUCAGAUUAAGAUGAC